GGGAGCGCGAGCGGGAGAGGCGGCGGCAACCGUGAGAACCCCGGGACCGUGUCCCCCUCCUCCCCCCCGCCAGGCCCAGCACGCUCGGCCUCAGGGACCCAGGGGUCCCACCGCCCCCUGCCCCCCCCCCACCCAAGUCAUGGAGCCGGACGGCAGCCCCCGCCGCAUCCAGUUCACCGUCCCCCUCCUGGAGCCUCAUCUGGACCCCGAGGCGGCCGAGCAGAUCCGUAGGCGCCGGCCGACCCCAGCCACCCUGGUGCUGACCAGUGACCCCUCGUCUCCAGAAAUCGAUGAAGACCGCGUCGCCAACCCCCUGCUCAAGUCGACUCUCACAAUGUCCCCACGGCAGCGGAAGAAGGUCACGCGGACCACGCCCACCAUGAAAGAGCUGCAGCUGAUGGUCGAGCAUCACCUGUGCCAGCAGCAGGAUGAGCAAGAGGAGGGGGCGGCAGCAGGGGGAGCCACGGACCCAGGCAGUCGGGAACAGUGGGAUCCAGCGGCCGUGGUCCCCGACCCCCCCGGCCAAGACACUUCCACGGACGCCGAGACGAGGCUCAGCCCCCCCGGGACGGCGGCCGGAGGGCCAGAAGGUCCAGUUGCUGACCUUACGGCUCCAGAGGCCGGCCGGGCGGAACCGUCCAUGGAGCCGCCGACGCUGUAUAUACCACCGAGGGGGGACCCGGGGGGCCUGGGUCCUGCCUCCCACUAGGUCCGAGAAAGACGGGUCCAGAGCUGCCCGCGGCCGGAGCCUGGGUGGGGAGGAGGGGGCCAGUGGCAUUCCCUGGCUGUUUCUUCACUUAGGGAAAAAUUCUGGUUUUUAAAAAGGAUAAAUUUGGAGUAGGUGGCUGCA